CUCAAUUAACAAGCACGGCAGUCUCAUGUCUGAACUUGGCUCCUUUCUGACUGUGCACUCCCCACCGUCCUCCUGCAUCCCAGCUCUCUCCCCUCUCUCCGUCAGGCUCAUGUUCAUGUCCACUCCCCUCUGACUGGUUGUUUUCACUUUUCUGUGUUGUUUUCCUGCCCAGACGACAUCCGAGGCUGUAGGCUGACGCUGACAUGGCUCCCAAAAAGGACAGUAAUGGUCUUGACAACUAUGCAUUUGCACUUGAAGGACGCUCUCGUGAUCUGCCCGACGCGAAAAGUGAAGAUGACCUGGCCUCCUCCCAGGAUGGAGAUAAGCUAGCGUACUGUGUGACAGAUGUACCUCCGUGGUACUUGUGCAUCGUUCUAGGGAUCCAGCAUUGCUUGACUGCAUUCGGAGGUAUCAUCGCCAUCCCGUUGAUCCUUUCUCAGGGCUUGUGCCUGCAGCAUGACGGCCUCACCCAAAGCCACCUCAUCAGCACCAUCUUCUUCGUGUCUGGAGUUUGCACUCUGCUGCAGGUCACCUUCGGCAUUAGGCUGCCCAUCCUUCAAGGUGGCACGUUCACCUUGUUGGCCCCCUCCAUGGCAAUGCUGUCCAUGCCGGAGUGGCAAUGCCCCGCUUGGACCCAAAAUGCGAGCCUGGUCAACUCCACCUCCCCGGAGUUUACAGAAGUGUGGCAGAGUCGGAUGAGAGCACUCCAGGGCUCCAUCAUGGUGGGCUCGCUGUUCCAGGUGUUUGUCGGUUUCUCCGGCCUCAUCGGUCUCUUCAUGCGCUUCAUCGGGCCUCUCACCAUCGCUCCGACCAUCUCCCUCAUCGGACUGUCUCUGUUUGACUCAGCCGGCACGAGCGCUGGCAACCACUGGGGCAUCUCUGCCAUGACCACGGGACUGAUCAUCCUCUUCUCACAGUACCUCCGUCACGUACCUGUACCUUUUCCUACAUACAGCAAGGAUAAGAAGCUGCACACAUCCCGUGUCUACGUCUUUCAGAUUCUCCCUGUUUUGCUUGGAAUCACUUUGUCUUGGCUCAUCUGUUAUAUUUUGACGAGCUACAAUGUGCUACCUGCGGAUCCGAACCUGUACGGUUAUCUGGCUCGCACGGAUCUGAAGGGAGAUGUUCUGAGCCGAGCUCCCUGGUUCAGUUUUCCAUACCCAGGUCAGUGGGGGGUGCCGACUGUGAGCAUGGCAGGAGUUGUUGGCAUCCUCGCUGGUGUGAUUUCCUCCAUGAUAGAGUCUGUCGGGGACUACCAUGCUUGUGCCAGGCUGUCUGGGGCUCCGCCUCCUCCCAAACACGCCAUCAACAGGGGUAUCGGCAUCGAGGGAAUAGGCUGUCUGCUGGCCGGGGCCUGGGGAACAGGAAACGGUACCACCUCAUACAGCGAGAAUGUUGGAGCCCUCGGUAUUACAAAGGUUGGCAGUCGCAUGGUGAUAGUGGCGAGUGGCGUGUUGAUGGUCGCCAUGGGUGUGUUUGGUAAAGUGGGCGCCAUAUUCAGCACUAUUCCCUCCCCAGUGAUCGGAGGAAUGUUCAUGGUUAUGUUUGGGGUCAUCUCUGCGGCAGGAGUGUCUAAUCUGCAGUAUGCAAAUAUGAAUUCAUCUCGAAACAUCUUCAUCUUCGGCUUCUCCAUGUUCUCUGGCCUGGUCAUUCCCAACUGGAUACUGAAGAACCCCAGAACCAUCGCUACAGGUGUGGUGGAGCUAGACCAGGUGCUGCAGGUGCUUCUGACAACCAGCAUGUUUGUGGGAGGCUUCUUUGGCUUCAUUCUGGACAACACAAUACCAGGAUCUAAUCAUGAACGAGGCAUCCUCGCCUGGAACAAGGCUCACGAGGACGACUCCAGCAACACGCUGGAGAGCGGAGAAGUCUACAACCUUCCCUUCGGCAUCAGCUCCUACUUGUCGUCUUCGCCGUGGCUCCGGUACGUACCCUUCUGCCCUCCCGGCGAGAAAUCUGGAGUGGUUACCAGGUCUCUGGAGCCCAAGCGGCUGCUGGAAGGACACCCGGAACCUGCACAGAUCAUUGUUGGAGUCGGCCUUUGAGUUUCCAUCUCGCUCCAGCAUGCCAUUUUUUGGGGGGGUUUUUUUCCAAAAACAAUACCAACAGAGGCAGCUCAAUCUGGACCUAGUGUCCUCUGUCAAGGACGCUGUACUGCAACAACGUGGUGCAAAGUAUUUUCGAGUAUGACUUUUCGAGGUGACAUUUGCGGAUGACAGCUUGCAUAAGAAUGGCACAAUAAUGAUGAUUGUACAAUUAGUUUCCUCUGCUCUCAUCAGUCAGUCUUGUGAUCGCCCCCUGGUGCUAGUCAACAAACGCUGAAAAGACAUGUGAAUGUAACUCAUUACGACGUAAUUCAACAUACAUGUAAAACCAAUGUAUAGUUUCAUGUAUAUAUAUAUAUAUCUAGUACCUCAAGUGUGAAUCAACAUUUGCUGUGACAGUCCACAUUUUAAUGAUCUUUUCAUUAUCAGUCCAUGCACUUUACUUCAUUUUGGUGACACUUCCUCUCAGGCUCCUUUUAGCCGUCAGCAUCCAGGUUUAUGUCUCUUCACAUAAACCAGAACAACCCACUGAUCUUUUUUUCCUACAUGCAUAUUAAAAUAUCAAUAUCACAGA